CUGAGAGGGUUCGCCUCUGACCACACAGACUGAAGGGAAGCCGUUCGAUACUGGUUCUGCCUCCACCAUGGCAAAAAUCAUCUUGAGGCACCUCAUUGAGACUCCAGUGCGCUACGAGGAGGAGUUUGAAGCUCGAGGCUUGGAAGACUGCAGGCUGGAUCAUGCUUUAUACGCACUGCCGGGGCCAACCAUUGUGGACCGGAGAAAAGCCAGGGCGGCCCAGGUUCCUCCGGUGGACUCAGAGGCGGAGAUGCUGACCCAAGCAGGCAAAUCCCACUUCCAGAUCCUGCUGGAUGUGGUCCAGUUCCUCCCUGAAGAUAUCAUCAUUCAGACCUUCGAAGGCUGGCUGCUGAUCAAGGCUCAGCAUGGAACCAGAAUGGAUGAGCAUGGUUUUAUCUCAAGAAGCUUCACCCGACAGUAUAAACUGCCAGAUGGCAUCGAAACCAAAGAUUUGUCUGCCAUCCUCUGUCACGAUGGAAUUCUGGUGGUGGAAGUAAAGGAUCCGGUUGGGACUCAGUGAAAUCUUUAUUCAUACGGCAAGGAAGAUUAUAGCUCAGCCAAUGGUACCACGGGAAUGUUUGUAUUAACCACCUUUGAAAUGAUUUUUACGAAGAUUAAAAAUAGAGACACAGUUCUGGGUAUGUUGAGGUUGUGUUUGUUAUUCUUACUCAGAGAGGAAAAUCGUUAAAUGUUCGUAUAACUCAAAGGGAUGCUAUUCUUAUACCUGAAACAUUGACAGUUUAGGAGAUGACUUGGAUACUAGUGAAGACUCAGAAUUAUUUCUUCAUUACUCAAAAAAUGCCCCAGAAACUGCAUUUGUAAUAAUUGAUGGCAAAAGAGCCAUAUGAAUUUCUUAUCCAUUUUAUGAAAACUUCUUACAGUGCUAAAAAAAGUUGUGAUUCCCUUCACUUGACAAGCUUUUCAACGAAUUUUAAUUAAAGUGGAAUUUGUAAAUAUAGAGUCUGAAAGUUAAAAUACAGCACUUAGAAAUUUGGCCUGAAAUAUAUUUAUGAUUCAUUACAGCUGUUACUGCCUUAAACAUAAUACUGGAAUUUUCAGAUGUAAAUUCUAUUUUU